AAGCAGCCGCCUCCGCAGCGGAGCCGUGGCCGGGACGGGCACGGCCGGAGGCGGAUGGGCAGCUCCGGGCUGCGCUCCGUGAGCCCCGCAGCUCGAGCACGGGCAGCUCGGCGUUCCCGGCUGGAAUCCUGCUGGAUGAGAGGCACCGAGGUCGGGACACCUGUGUUCAAGGUCAGCUCCUCUGCCCCCGUCCCUGUGCCUCAGUUUCUCCACCUGGAUCGCAUAUGAAGGGCCUGUAAACAGCGUGGCUUGUGGGGGAUGUGAUUUCCCAGGAUGUUGGGGGCCGUGAGCACCGCCCGGGCUCCUGAAGGAUCACCCUGCUGAGCCCUGCUGGGGCGGGAGCCUGAGUCAGCACCAGCACAGCCGGUUCUGCCGGACUGGACCAAGCUGAGGCAGGUGGACGAUGUCCCGGGCCAUGCAGUGCCAGAGCUGCCUGCCCCGGGGCAGCUGGGCACAGCUGCCUUGGUCCCUGGCAGGGAGCAGGGGGGCCCGCAGCGUGUCCGUGUGUGCUGCUGCCGUGCCAGGUGGUGCAGGCAGGUGUUUCCUCAGGAAGAUCCUUCGCACAAGCAGCAUCUCCCUCCCCAGGGGCUGUGUUCACUACCAGGGAGACUCCCAGGAGAGCUCUGCCCAGCCCAGCCCCUCUCGCCAUGGUCAGUCCCAGCUGAGGAACGUGGCCUUUUCUGGUGCCAUCAAGAAGCACCAGAAGAGCCUGUCUGCGUGGUUCAGCCACCAGCCCAAUGAGGAGAGGCAGUUCGGCCCUUCCUUCUCUCUGGAUGCCGUCCACGUGGACCCAGUGAUCCGGGAGAGCUCCCUGGAGGAGAUUCUGAAGCCCUCCCCUGAUUUAACCAUCCAGAACCAGCUCCAGCAGCCCUGCAGAAAGGUUAUCAGCCUCCACAGCCUCUUUGACGUGGACGCCUGCGGGCGGCAGGUGAAGAACGUGGUGCUCUACGGCACCGUGGGCACGGGCAAGAGCACCCUCAUCAAGAAGAUGGUGGUGGACUGGUGCCACGGCCGCCUGCCCCGCUUCCAGCUGGUCAUCCCCUUCUCCUGCGAGGACCUGUCCCACAGCCACGCCCACGUGUCCCUGCGGCGCCUCAUCACCAAGAAGUACCAGCACCUCCGGGACGUGGUGCCGGUGCUGGAAGCUUCCAACCUCAGGGUGCUCUUCAUCCUCAACGGCCUGGAGCGCCUCAACCUGGACUUCCGCCUGGCUGGCACGGAGCUCUGCUGUGACCCCAACGAGCCCGUGCCUCCCUCUGCCAUCGUGGUCAACCUGCUGCGGAAAUACCUCCUGCCCGAGGCCAGCAUCAUCGUCACCACGCGCCCGUCGGCCGUGCGCCGCAUCCCCGGCAAGUACGUGGGGCGCUACGCCGAGAUCUGCGGCUUCUCCGACACCAACCUGCAGAAGCUCUACUUCCAGAUGCGCCUCAGCCAGCCUGGCUGCUCUGGAGAGGAAAGCCAGGACCGCCGCUCAGCGGAGCAGGAGAACCUGGUGGAGAUGUUGUCGAGGAACUUGGAGCGCCACAACCAAAUAACAGCUGCCUGCUUCUUGCCCUCCUACUGCUGGCUGGUGUGCACCACCCUGCACUUCCUCUACUUCACCAGGACGGUUCCUCCCAGCCAGACCCUGACUGGCAUCUACACCAGCUUCCUGAGGCUCAACUUCAGCGGGGAGGUGCUGGACAGCAGCGACCCCACACACAUCUCCAUGAUGAAGUACGUGGCCAAGACAGUGGGCAAGCUGGCCUACGAGGGGGUGAUGUCCCGCAAGACCUGCUUCUCAGAGGAGGACCUGCAGCAGUGCUUCGAGGUGGAGAUGAAGACCGAAAGCGAGCUCAACCUCCUGGAGGUUUUCCGCAGCGACGUCUUCCGCUUCUUCCUCAGCCCGUGCGUGCAGCCGGGCAAGGAGCACACCUUUGUCUUCACCAUCCCCGCCAUGCAGGAGUACCUGGCAGCCCUGUACGUGGUGCUGGGCGAGAAGAAGACCCUGGCCCAGAGAGUGGGGAAGGAGCUGUCAGAGGUCCUCGGGAAGGUGAGCGAAGAUGUGGCGGUGGUUGUGAACAUCGUCUCCAAGGUGCUGCCCCUGCGCUUCCUCCCCGUGCUCUUCAACCUGCUCAAGAUCUUCCCUCGCUACUUCUCCCGGGUGGGCGGCAAGGACAGGGAUACCAUUGCCCACACCAUGGCAGAGGAGCUGUUCAAAGAGGAGGACUACUACAACGACGAUGUCUUGGACCAGAUCAACUCCAGCAUCCUGGGCGUGGAGGGCCCCAUGCGCCACCCCGAUGAGGCCCCGGAUGAUGAGGUCUUCGAGCUCUUCCCCAUUUUCAUGGGUGGGAUCCUGUCCCGCCGCAACCGCGCCAUCCUGGAGCAGCUGGGCUGCUCCAUCAAGAACCUGGCAGCCUUCGAGAUCGCCAAGGCCAUGAAGAAGACGGUGAUCAGGAAGGGCCGCAGGGGCCUGCCCCCCUCGGAGCUCAUGGACUACCUGUUCUUCCUGCACGAGUUCCAGAACGAGCGCUUCACGGCCGAGGCCAUCCGCUCCCUCCGCGCUGUCAACCUCUCCUCCGUCAAGAUGACCCCUCUCAAGUGCUCUGUGCUGGCAUCUGUCAUGAGCACCACGUGUCACGAGGUGGAGGAGCUGAACCUCACCUCCUGCAACCUGGACAGCGGCAGCUUGAGGACCCUCUUCCCUGUCCUGCUGCGAUGCAAAGCUCUCCAUCUGCAGCUCAACAGCCUGGGCUCCGACGCCUGCAAGGAAAUUCGUGACCUGCUCCUGCAUGACAAGUGUGCGGUGAGCAGCCUGCGGCUGGCCAAUAACCCCGUGGGCGAGCAGGGCGCUCGGUACCUGGCCGAGGCGCUGGCCGGCAACCGCUCGCUGACGCAGCUGUCCCUGCUGCACACCGCGCUGGGGGACCCCGGCGCCGAGGCCAUCGCCCAGCACCUGGCCCAGAACCAGCACCUGCAGGAGCUCAACCUGGGCUACAACUCCCUGACGGACGCGGCGGCCCUGCGCGUGGUGGAGGUGGCCAAAAGGCACGAGACGCUGGACAAAGUGCACCUCUACUUCAACGACAUCAGUGAGGAUGGCAAGAGGGCGCUUGACAGCCUGCGCAUGGACCGGGACGGCGUCAGGGCUCUGGUUUUCCUCACGGCGGGCACCGACGUCUCCGACUACUGGUCCCACAUCCUGAACGUGGUGCAGAGGAACCUGCCCUUCUGGGACCGCGAGCGGGUCCGGCAGCACCUCGCCCUCCUCCUGCAGGACCUGGAGAGCAGCCGCAGCCAGACUGCCAAUCCCUGGAGGAAAGCCAAAUUCCUGCGAGUCGAGAGCGAGGUCAAGAAAAUGCUGGGGAAACUGCAGGAUGGGAGCCUCUGACCUGCUGCCCAUCCACCAGCCAGGGGUGGGGCAGUGGAGUGUGCCCAGCAGCGCAUUCCCUGCGCCCUUACCCAGCUGGAGAUGCUGGGUGGAUGGUGCUGUCAGAGGUGCUGGGUGUGUGGGGCUCAGCCUCAUCUGCAGGCGAGGCUGAAGUGUGGGAAUGGGACAGAAACCAGGCCAGGAGCAAAUGGGACUUGUUCUUCUGGGCUUGUGGAAAGCCAGCCCCUGCACCCUGGCCAGAGUGCUGGCAGGGAGCAGGAUUGGGGCUUGUUUGUGAAUCUUUUGGGAGCAUUAAAGUGCACCUCUUUAUUUCCACUGAA